UUUCAAUCUAAACGCUUUUUAACCAAUGUUCAACGAUACAGUUGGCAUUUGAUGAGAAGACUUCAAGAUGCUUCGCUAUUAUUUAUCUUUGUUGUGGAUUGUUUCAGUAUCUCCUUGGACACACGGAUUAAUAGUCGAAGAUUUUCGCCUGUCGGGGUCAAUUGUACCUAGCGAAGGACUGCUAGAAGCGAAAGUAAACGACACCUGGGGUGCCGUCCGUUACAUAUCCCGGUACAAUUUUCGAGAUCCGCUAGAUGACCUCGUUUGUAGGACAUUCGGAUAUGUGAAUGAAUCUGUGAUGCAGCCCCAAGAUUUCGGAACACCGAAUGCCGCCUUUACUAUCCGACGCUGCCCCGUCGAUAUGAUGUCACUGCAAGUGCUAAACACAUCAUGCGAACUCCAGGCAGGAAAUCCGCAGUCAGACUAUGACAACAUCUUUAAAACCGUAAACUGUCAAGCGUUACAACUGGUAGACGGUCCUUCCCCACUGGAGGGUCGGCUAGAGGCGGGACUGUUCGGGCAACUGCAGGUCGUCUACGGGCGUACCUUUGAUGAAAAGGCGGCAAAUGUCACGUGUACAUCACUAGGAUAUCGCGGAGUUCGCUCCUAUAACACCAGCACGCAUUAUGGCGCGGGAAAACUACCCCUGUAUACUCGCAACAUCCAGUGCACGGGUACCGAGCUUUCACUUGAGCAAUGUUAUCACUCUGGGGACUACGCCGCGUCACGCACACCGGCUAACGUCGUCAGUGUUGCUUGCGAUGGCGGACCAAUCAAAUUGGAGCAGAUCAAGGGCAAUCGUUCAUACGAGGGAAUACUAGUCGGUUACCAUGACAACAUUUUGUAUGACUUCGUUGGUAAUGUUUCGGAAACAACGGCGAAGACAAUGUGUUCUAUUCUUGGAUUUGGCCAUGUCGGUUUCUCCAGUCGUGCGCAUCCUGGCAAAAAUCUAUAUUACUACAAGCAAGACGUUAAUUGUAACGGUCACGAGAAAUACAUAGAAGAGUGUCAGGGCGAGCUCCAAUACUGUGUCACACAGGGAUAUUCAGGCUGUUACCACAUGUCAAAUAGCUUAACUCACGUGGCUUUAUUUUGCUCGGACUACACACUGGAAAAUAUCAGCCUAUCAGCGAGUGGCGUUAUACAAGUGGGCGUGAACGGCCAGUUGUGGGCGGUCUGUGACGCCUACUUUACUCCAGAAACAGCCAAUAGCGUCUGUACUGUGCUUGGUUUUCAUGGUACAGGAAGCUUCGCAGUUAAGACAAAUGGCGAUGAUUUGGAUACGGAAAUACUGGGAUCGAUAAUUUGUAAUCCAAAUACAAAAAGCAUUAUCGACUGUCACAUCAAACACCAGUUCAGUUACCUUUCCUACCACCCAUCGACAGAGUGUAAAGGCUACGUCAUGCUGACAUGCAACUGAUGUUUUAUGUAGAUAUUUACCAUGUCCGAAUGAUUUGACGAUGUUGCAUUAAGUUGAAGCGAAAGUAUUAUGUUAUAAUUAUGAUUUUCCUUGCUCAAGAUAUGGAAAUAUUUACAUGAAAAACUACAGAAACUAGUUUAGUAGUCGGAAGCUUAAACAUUAAUCACGUUCACUUGACACAGGGCCAAAGCCAGAAACACAGAAGAACAAUACACAUAUUCACUAACCAGCUACACGGAUCAACAAUAAACAUAUUGACAUACCAGCUACACGGAUCAACAAUAAACACAUUCACAUACCAGCUGCACGGAUCAACAAUAAACAUAUUCACAUACCAGCUGCACGGAUCAACAAUAAACACAUUCACAUACCAGCUGCACGGAUCAACAAUAAACAUAUCCACAUACCAGCUGCACGGAUCAACAACACACACAUCCACAUACAAGCUAAACGGAUCAACAACACACACAUCCACAUACCAGCUACAUGGAUCAACAACAUACACAUCCACAUACCAGCUACACUGAUCAACAACACACACAUCCACAUACCAGCUACACGGAUCAACAACACACACACAUCCACAUACCAGCUACACGGAUCAACAACAUACACAUCCACAUUCCAGCUACACGGAUCAACAACAUACACACAUCCACAUACCAGCUACACGGAUCAACAACAUACACAUCCACAUACCAGCUACACGGAUCAACAACAUACACAUCCACAUACCAGCUACACGGAUCAACAACAUACACAUCCACAUGCCAGACACACGGAUCAACAACAUACACAUCCACAUACCAGCUACACGGAUCAACAACAUACACAUCCACAUACCAGCUACACGGAUCAACAACAUACACAUCCACAUACCAGCUGCACGGAUCAACAACAUACACAUCCAUAUACCAGCUGCACGGAUCAAAAACAUACACAUCCACAUACCAGCUACACGGAUCAACAACAUACACAUCCACAUACCAGCUACACGGAUCAACAACAUACACAUCCACAUACCAGCUACACGGAUCAACAACAUACACAUCCACAUACCAGCUACACGGAUCAACAACAUACACAUCCACAUACCAGCUACACGGAUCAACAACAU